AUGCUUGAACGGCGUGCCUUUGUGAAACGAGACACUCCUGUUGUUUUGGAGAUCGGUGCUCAUACGGGUUGGUAUUUUCGUCAUAUGAUUGAAAAAAAUCAGUUUCAUGGUCUUAAACAGUAUAUCCAGACAGAUAUAUCAGAAGAGCGACUAAAUCGUAAUUAUAACGAAAUUAAACAUAUUAUUCCAUCUGAUGUGGAAUACGUUCAGUUGUGCUGUGAUGAGGAGCUACCUGAUCCCUUCGGCAUCCCAGAGAGGUCAGUGGAUAUGGUAGUAUCCUGCUUGUCUAUGCAUUGGGUGAAUGAUUUGGAGACAGCUUAUGUUAAUGCACGCCGUAUUUUAAAGCGUGAUGGUUUCAUUCUAUCUAGUAUGUUUGGUGGUAAUACUCUGUACGAGUUACGAGGCUGCUUUUCCAUGGCACAGACCGAAGUCCUAGGCGGUGUAAGCUCCCACAUUUCUCCAAUGAUCGAUGGUGCGGGCUUGUCGACACUGAUCUUGCAGACAGGGUUUAAUAUCCCUACCAUUGACUUGGAUCGUCAUCUACUACUAUACAAAACUCCUUUCCAUCUGAUGGAGCACCUUUCCUUAAUGGGGGAGAGCGCAUGCCAUCUUCAGCGAAAGCCUCUUAAUCGUGAUGUUUUACUCGCGACAUGCGCAUGUUAUGAUGUUAUGUAUCGCAGAAGUAAUCUUAUCCCGGCUACAUUUGAGAUUUUCCAUGUAAUAGCAUGGAGUCCAAGCUCAACACAGAUGAAACCGUUGCCGCGUGGUAGUGGACAAAUUCCGCUCGCUUCAUGGAACAGUAAGAAUAAAGAACGCUUAGAAGGUGUUCUCGACGAAUACGCUCGGAACCCAGAUGACGAAACCACGCAAGCCAAGGCGCAAGAGUUAUUUAAACAGCUUCAAGAAGAGAGUGCAGAGCUUAUGGCCCAAAAAGGCCUUAGUGCGCAUCCCAACAACGUCGAUGGAGAAGGAAAGGCCAAAAUGCUAAUUAAGAAGCCCGCACCUCCGUUUCAACAGGGAAAUUCAGGCGAUGUGUGAACAGCGUGGUAGCUGUGUGAUCCGUCACAAA